CAAUCAAGUCUCCCAACAAAAGACCAACGCCGCAACCGCACCAACCUUCCCACUCCUGCUCCCUUCCCUUCCGAUUCCUCUCGCCCCCCGAGGCAGCCACGCACUCCCCCCCAAACCCUAGCUCCGUCGUCCGUCACCCCCUCGCCGGACCGACCCCGCGCCGAGCUCGCCCGCCGAAUUCGCGCCGCAGAUGGGCUCCGACUCCAAGGAGCUGCUCGGGAUCGAGCCCCUCGAGCUCCGCUUCCCCUUCGAGUUCAUGAAGCAGAUCUCGUGCUCCAUGGAGCUCACCAACAGGACGGACGACUACCUCGCCUUCAAGGUCAAGACGACCAGCCCCAAGAAGUACUGCGUGCGGCCCAACAGCGGCAUUGUGCCGCCACGGUCCACCAGCAGCGUCGUCGUGACGAUGCAAGCGCUGAAGCAGGCGCCGCCUGACAUGCAGUGCAAGGACAAGUUUCUCGUGCAGAGCGCCGUUGUGACGGAGGGAACAGCAGUCAAGGAUAUCACCGGAGAGAUGUUUAAGAAAGAAUCAGGGAAUGUGGUGGAUGAGGUGAGGCUGAAAGUUGUCUAUGUACAACCACCCCGACCACCAUCGCCUGUGCGUGAGGGGUCUGAGGAGGGUUCGUCGCCUCGGCCUUCAUGGUCAGAUGGGACAAACAUAAAUUAUCAAGAUAUGCAGGCAACAAGGGAAUCUGAUGAGCCACCACUGUCCUCGGCGCGCAAGGAACCAUUGGAGAUAACCUCUGAGACAUCACCGUUGAUUUCAAGAUUAACUGAAGAGAGGAACUCUGCUAUUCAGCAGAACAACAAGCUUCGCGAGGAACUGGACCUUGUGAGAAGGGAGAUCAGCAAGCAAAAUGGCAACGGUGGGUUCCCAUUGGUGUUUGUGGUUGCCGUUGCCCUGCUGGGAAUUCUGCUGGGUUAUCUGAUGAAGAGAUAGAUGAUCCUGUGUAAUCCUGCCUGCAUCUUGUUAGGCUCCUGCCCUCAUCAAAAUGGAGCAUUGUUGUUAUCUGCAUUCUGAUGCACUCAUUUACAUGUACGACGCCGCUACUUAACAGCACACUAUCUUAGGGUAUGAUGUCUCCUGUAGUAGCUCAGAUUGGUUGACCAUCAUACCCAGUCAACUAGCCGUCACGGUUAAAGGUUGUUUGCCAUAUCUAUGGCUACUGUUAGCUUGGGCAUUGGUAUAAUUGUUAAAAAAUGACUUUCACCUA